CGAUUAUUUCGGUCUGCUGACUGCAUAUCGAAUGUGCUGCAGCGAUUAAUCCUGCCUUCCUAUCCGGGCAGAUCCCAAACAAUAGCACUGUGCUGCUAACACAUAAACACAGUGGAGAAAUGGAGAAGGGUGGAGAAAUGGAGAAGGGUGGAGAAAUGGAGAAGGGUGGAGAAAUGGAGAAGGGUGGAGAAAUGGAGAAGGGUGGAGAAACGGCACGAAACGAUGCUGCUGAGGUUGCAGUUAGUGAGCAGCGAAGAGGUGACAAUGAGGCUGAGUCAGCCGUGCAUGUGUGUGAGGUGUGUGGAAUGUGUUUUGAGACUAGGCGAGGGUUAUCGAGCCACGCCCGCUCUCACCUGCGUCAGUUGGGUGUGUGUAUGUCAGAGAGCAGCGGUGCCCCCAUCAGCCUGCUGUACGAACUGAUCACUGAGAGGGAUGGGGCUUUGCCCUUUACACCCAAACACACAUACACACACAGAGCCAAACACACCAGUAAACGUAGAGCCAAACACAGUUCAGGAACUAAACUGAAGAUCAAAAUCGGUGAGUUGGUGAAGAGACAGUGUGUUUCUGUCCCUGUUUCACUGAGAGACUCCUCCUCUUCCUCCUCCUUCUCCUCAUCCUCAUCAUCUCCUCUUCAUCACCACAAACCACUGAAACUACCCAAGACCUCACCCACUUUCCCAGCUCUGUCUAAAUCAUUGGGAGAUCCACAGGAAACAGACUCGCCCCUUGACCUGAUGGAGAUGUCGGGUGUGUCCCAGCGUGAUUGUGUACAUGUGUGUGAGCUGUGUGGGGCAUGGUAUGAGACGAAGAAGGGCCUGGUCAGUCACGCUCGAACUCACCUGCACCAUUUUGGAGUGGAGCUGGACCCUAAAGCCCCACCCAUACAGGUCCUGCAUGAUCUACUCCAAAGGGAGGCAGGGUUAACAGAGCAGUGGGCAUGUUCUGACCCACCGGUCCCACCUCCUCUUAAAAAGAGCAAUCCCUCAUCAAUUAGAAAGAAAACACAGAGAGACAGUGAUUCAUUAAAGAUUGCGAACUGUGAGUUUUGUGGAGAGAAUUUUAAGAAGACUCAGAGUUUGGCGAGCCACGCCCGGUCUCACCUGCGCCAACUCGGCGUCACUGAUUGGACCGCUCACGGCUCACCGAUGGCGACACUCAGAGAGCUGAUGGCCCGCCGUAGCUGUAGUGGUUUAUCUCGGCCUACACUGACCACACCCUUGACCCCAGCUCAAGCCAAACCUUCAUCUGAAGCUCUGCCCACACCUGUGCCAGGCCCCACCCCUGUCCGAGUGCCAAAAGCUAGAAAGGGUUCGCGGAUGGCUGUGUCUAAACCAAAGGAUGAGCCGGUGGAGUUGGACAUCUCUGCUGGACAAUCUACAAAAACUACAUCUACACCCCCAUCUCAGAUGAAUUUAACUACUGACCAAUCAGCUGCUGAUCACAAUAGAGUUCCAGCCAAUCAGAAUAUAACUCCAGACGACAAGGUGGAGGUGGCUGUGGCCGAGCCUGUGAAGUGUGAUUACUGCGGUGAUCUGUUUGAUAGCCGUAAAGCUCUGUCGUGCCACGCCCGUGCUCACCUGCGUCAACUGGGAGUGAAGUGGGCACCGUGCGCUUCACCCAUCGACACGCUGCAUGAGCUGAUGGUCAGAGAGGGCAGAUGGCAGGAGCCAGAGAACACACCGUCACCUGUGGACUUCUGCAGAGAGAAAACAGAGACAGACGGCGCAGGUUCAGCUUGUGAAGCUACGUGUGAGCUCUGUGGAUUUGACUUUGAGAACAGGAAAGCGUUGGCCAGUCACGCACGCGCACAUCUCCGCCAGCAGGGUGAGCAGUGGAGCUCUAGCCAAUCGCCAAUUGUUGCCCUCAGCCAGUGGAUGAGCAGAGAGCCGGAGAAGGUUGCUGCCCUUCAUCAGCUCUACAUGCAGGGGACAUUACCACAGAUUCGCAAGAGACGUGUCUUCUCUCCAUUUCGCUCCUCUGAUGCCAACUCUGCUUUCUCUGGUGUAAGUCGCCCCUCUCUUGCAGCUCGGCAGGGUAAAACUGGGGCAGGUCUCUCUUGCUCCCCCUCCUCCCACAGGAAAAUGUCAUCACAUCGCCCCGCCUCCCGCUCAGCUGUUGAUCAUGGUUCUGACCGUCGGCCACCUAAACUGUUCCCUCUCAGAAUGGGGGGGGCGGAGUCUCUGAAGCGUGUGGGUAAUGCCCCGUCUCUGGUGCCCCGCCCACCAGAAACCAGUCUGGUUAAAUUGGUGGGGAAGAUUUACUCAUUGAAGUGCAGGUUCUGUGAGCAGGUGUUUAGUGGACCCCUCUCUGUGCAGGAAGACUGGCUCAUCCAUCUGCGACAUCACAUCCUUAAUCUCAGACCGGAUCAUGCCCGUAGCCCCGCCCCCUUAUUACCUCAUUCAGAAUCUGCUCAGCUGAUUGGCCAAGCUGUGUAGGGAGGUGGAGCACCGCCAUGCCCAGUGCUGUUUAAUUUACCAAUUGUUUUAUAAUGUGUUUCUAACAUUUUUUUUAAAUAAAGGAAACCUGUCUGUAGGGUUUGGGGUAGUGAUGUCAUGAUGUAGUGAUGUCAUGAUGUAGUGAUGUCAUGAUGUAGUGAUGUCAUGAUGUAGUGAUGUAGUGAUGUCAUGGACACUACUGAGGAAGCAGAAAAGGACACACACCUGAAUGUACACAAUAAUCUCUCAAUUUUUACCUCACUGUGUGAACUAAAUGAUUUUAAAUGUUUUUAUACUGUGAGAUGACUUCUUUUACACCAACAUGCUGUGUGUGUGUGUGUGUGUGUGUGUGUGUGUGUGUGUGUACUCGGACCAAAAUACUGAUGUGUUUGAGUUUCUGAAAAUGUUAUUUGUACACACAAUAAAAUCCUGAUUUAUAAACCUA